CGACUCGAAAAUAUUCAUGGCUGCCGAGAACAACCCGCUGGGUGUGGACGUGGCAUCGGCCGCUCGCGACGGUUCGGUCCAGAGCAACGGGCCCGUUGCCCUCAUUACCGGAAUCACCGGCCAGGAUGGCUCGUACCUCACCGAGCUUCUUCUUGACAAGGGCUACACUGUUCAUGGCAUCAUCCGCCGCUCGUCGUCGUUCAACACGGGCCGCAUCGAGCAUUUGUACGAGGACCCGCACCGCGACUCGCGGCGGCUUGUGCUUCACUACGGUGACAUGACGGACACGACGAACCUUCUGUCAAUUGUGCAGAUUGCCAAGCCCGAUGAGGUGUACAACCUCGCCGCACAGUCGCAUGUCAAGGUCUCAUUUGAGCUGCCCGAGUACACGGCUGAUGUGGACGCUGUCGGCGUCCUCCGCAUUCUCGACGCCAUCCGCGCCGCCAACCUCGGCAAGCAGGUCAAGUUCUACCAGGCCUCCACCUCGGAGCUCUACGGUCUUGUGCAGGAGGUGCCGCAGUCCGAGACGACGCCGUUCUACCCGCGCUCGCCCUACGCUGUGGCCAAGCAGUAUGCUUACUGGAUCGUUGUCAACUACCGCGAGGCAUACAACAUGUUUGCCUGCAACGGCAUCCUGUUCAACCACGAGUCACCGCGCCGUGGAGCCACCUUUGUCACCCGCAAGAUUACCCGCGCUGUGGCCAAGAUCGCCGCCGGCAAGCAGAAGGUUGUCUACCUCGGCAACCUCGACGCCAAGCGCGACUGGGGCCAUGCCCGCGACUACGUCCGCGGCAUGUGGAUGAUGAUGCAGGCCGAAGAGCCUGAGGACUUUGUCCUCGCCACCGGCGAGACACACACCGUCCGCUCCUUCUGUGACGCCGCCUUUAAGGUCAUCGGUGUCGAACUGACCUGGCAGGGCGAGGGCAUCGAGGAGGUCGGCAUCUCGUCGGUCACUGGCGAGCCCGUCGUCAAGGUUGACCCGGCCUACUUCCGCCCCACCGAGGUUGAUCUCCUCCUCGGCGACCCGACCAAGGCCCGCACCAAGCUCGGCUGGGUCCCUGAGGUCACCUUUGAUGCCCUCGUCCGCGACAUGGUUGUCGCCGACCUCGAGGAAAUCGGCGCCGGCGACAAGGUCGUCGCUGCUGAGUAACCGUUGCCUGCCCUUCCCGGUCCGCCGCUGCGCUGCCACGCUCGGCGCAACUGCUUCUAGCACCUAAAUCCAGUGAUCGUACCUG